GCGGCGCGCUCUGUCUGGGUCCCGGGCUCGACCCAGAGCGCGCGGCUGCGCACUCAGCCGCCCGCCCUCCCGGAAACGCAGCGGCCGGCUCGCGCCACGUCAAUCCCAGUACAGCCUCCGCGGCACCGGCGGCCGCUGUCUUGGCCCGCAAGGGGCGCAGCGCCCGAGCCGCGGCCCAUUGGACGGGAUGGGGCGCAUCACAGGCCGAGGGACCUCGCUGUCCGUUUCUGCGAUGCUUCUUUUGCUGCUAUUGUUCCGGGCGGAGCAGCUGAGGGGCGCCGAACUGACUUUCGAACUGCCGGACAACGCUAAGCAGUGCUUCCACGAGGAGGUGGAGCAGGGUGUGAAGUUUUCUCUGGACUACCAGGUCAUCACUGGAGGUCACUACGAUGUUGACUGCUAUGUGGAGGACCCUGUGGGGAACACCAUCUACAGGGAAACCAAGAAGCAGUACGACAGCUUCACAUACCGUGCUGAGGUCAAGGGAGUUUAUCAGUUUUGCUUCAGUAAUGAGUUUUCCACCUUCUCUCACAAGACCGUCUACUUUGACUUUCAAGUGGGUGAUGAGCCCCCCAUUCUCCCAGACAUGGGGAACAGGGUCACAGCACUCACCCAGAUGGAAUCUGCCUGUGUGACAAUUCAUGAGGCUCUGAAGACGGUGAUUGACUCCCAGACACAUUACAGGCUGCGCGAGGCCCAGGACCGGGCCCGGGCUGAUGACCUGAAUAGCCGAGUCUCCUACUGGUCUGUGGGUGAGACCAUCGUCCUGUUCAUGGUCAGCUUCAGCCAGGUGCUGCUUCUGAAGAGCUUCUUUACAGAAAAACGACCUGUCAGCAGGAGCGUCCACUCCUAGCUGAUGCUUCCUGCUCCAGGGCCCCUUGUACUCCACGGCACUUCUGGGUCCCAGGCCCGCGGGGCAACCAGGCGGUCCCUGGGCUGGAGGGUCUGACACUGGUGGAGGCGAGCACAGGGUCAUGUGCUGUUGGGGCAGCCCCUUGGCUUCUGUUCAGGUGCUUGAUCCACUGUCUGCAGCAAGCCAGCCCUCGUGCCCUCAUAGCCACAGCACCUGGCAACCAGGAAUUGGAAGCAUCAGGUUGCAAUUUGUUGUAUGCAAUUGUUUGAAUAAAAGUUUACAAUUAGACUUGGUAUUGACUACUGUGGGUGGGCAGGCAGGGAGCGGGCCAGUGACCUGGUAGAUAGGAGGAACCCUAUAUACCCCCCAGGCCUCCAGGUCGGCCCAGGACUGUCCCUUGGCUCCUCGAUGCAGUGAGCAGUUGCAACUCAUUGGGUCAUUUGGCUUGUGUGUUCUACCCCAUAUGUGGAAAAGAAGGAGGCCCUCAGUUCUAGCCUUUCCUCCCAUGGAGCUCUUUCUAACUGAAUAAACCAGGCCCUGAAGCAGCUUUGCAGAGCCUCCCACCCAGGUGAGCCAUGGUGUCAACCGUGUAAGAAGGAAAAAUGGUGAUGGGGUGCCCCUGGCUAACUGUGUAUCUCCUAGGAGGUGGAACUGUGGUUAAUAAAAACUGAGUGUGAGCGACAUGAA